AUGAAGCAAUGUGUCGGCCCGCUUGCCUCAAGGAAGCGUUACCGCCGGCAACAGCGUGACCCCGAGUCACGCCAAAUGGAGAGUGAAAUUGAGCUGCAAAUACUCUCCACCGACUUGAAGCUGCACGCCCAACGCGCUCACCUCCUCGGAGGACCCCGACGACACCGGACUUGUCUCCAUGACGACUGGCUGGGACUGCUGCAGUUCUACCUGACGUGUGUGGAGGUGCGCUGUGGACCACCCGCCCCCAUGGAGGCCAAAGACAACAAUACUUCAAAACAAGACCACCCUGAGCCUCCCGCACAGGAGGCCCAGGCAGACCCCCCGCUCCAAGGGGGGCCGCAGAAAAAGGAGAAGGCGGAUCAUCAGGACGAUAAGAAUGGUGAUCAGGAGGAGGAGGGGAAAAACCGGGAGGAGGAGGGGAAAAACCAGGAGGAGAAAAGGAGCGACCCCGUGAAGGAGGAGGGCGCGAACAAAGAUGGCACGGGCGAAGACCGUGAGGAGAAAGAGAAGGACCGUCAUCAGGAGGAGAAGGAGGGCGGCGAGCAGGACAAAAGGAGUGAGCGGCAGAUAAAAGAAAAAGGUGGUCAGCACGGAGAGGAAAAAGGGAAAAAGGAAGAGAGCGAUGAAGAGGAGAGCGACGAUGACGGGGAGCUGGACAACGGAGAGAGCGACCUGGAGAAAAAAGAAAAGGCCGAGGAACACGAGAAGGAGAGCGGCGAUGAGGACGCUGAUAACGAAGAGAGCGACGAGGAGAAGGACAAUGACGAACAGCUGGGGACUGAUGAUGAGUUGGACGACGAAGAGAGCGGCUGGGAGAAGGAAGGAAAGGCCGAGGAACCCGGGAAGGAGAGCGAUGAGGAGGACACCGCCAAUGAGGAGAAGGACGACUAUAACGGGCGGGAGAGCGACGAGGCGGUGGACAACGAGGAGAGUGGCCGGGAGAAGAUCAAAACGGCCGGAGAACGCGAGGAGAGCGACGACGAGGACACCGACGAGAACGACGAGGAGGAGAAGGACAAUGGAGAUGAGCAGGAGAGUGAUGAUGAGGAGAAAGAGGGCGACGACGAGGAGGCGGACAAUGAAGAAAGUGACCAGGAGAGGGAGAAGGAGAGUGACAAAGAGGAGAGUGACCAGGAGGAGAAGAAGGACAAGGAGAAAGAUGACCAGGAGGAGGAUGAGGAGAAGCGAAGUGAGGACAAUGACGAGAGCGACCAGAGUGACCAGGAUGAAGAUCUUGACAAAGACGAGAGUGACCAGGACGACGACGACGACGAGGAGAAUCAAAGUGAUCAGGAGGAAGAGGAGCGUGACAAUGACGAGAGUGACCAGGAGGACGAGGGAGAAAGCGAUCAGGAGGAAAAGGACGAGCGAGACAAUGACGAGACCGACCGGGACGAGGACCUGAGUGACGCGGAGGAAGAGGAGUAUGACAAUCAGGAGGAGCGUGACAUCGAUGAGAGUGACCAGGACGAGGACCAGGAGGACCAAAGUGACGAGGAGGAGGAGGAGUACGACAAUCAGGAGAAGGAGCGUGACAAUGAUGAGAGUGACCGGGAGGAUGAAGACGAGAGCGACAAGGAUGAGAGUGACCAGGAGGAGGACAAACAGGACCAAAGUGACCAGGAGGAGACUGACAAUCAGGAGACUGAGCAUGACCCAGGAGAGGAGGACGAGGACGGAGAGAAUCAUUGCGAGCAAAAGGAGGAGAACGGCAUGAAGAAUGAAGCGGAGGUAGAGGAGAACCAGGAGAACCAGGAGGCCAUCAGUCACGAGGACCAGGAGAGGAAGAUCAAGAGCAUCAAAAAAGCCAUGGGAGAUCACGGGGAGAACCAGCAGGCUUUGGAGGUCCAAGGCUACCAGGCCUGGAACACAGCAGCCAGGAGGCGCUGGAUCGAAAGAUGGAGAAUGGGGAGGAGACUGACGGGAAGGCGCUGGGUGAUCAUGAGGGGGAGGAGGUACAGAGCCAUGAGGAGGCGCUGGAUGACCACCAGGAGGCGAUCCAGAGCAAAGAAGAGAGUGGCCGUGAUGAGGAAGAGGGAGAGGAGAGUGACCGUGUGA